GUCAAAACAACUGGCGACAACACCCAUAACAAUGUGCUCUAUAUUAUUAGUAGGAUAAUUAUAUUAUUUCGAUAACAUUCCAUUGUGAUUAAUCAGGGUAACACUUGAACAAUGAACCCCAAUAUGCGGCAACCUGGAUUUCCACCCCAGGGACACAUGCCCAUGAACAGUCAUGGUAUGAUGAUGUCGCACACAAACAUGAUUUCAUCACAGAUGCCAUCCCAAUCGUUCAUGGGAAAUCCUCAGGUGGCAGGAGUGCGAAUGCCUCCAAUGGCAGCCCCACCACCGUAUAACCAGGCCGUAUCACAGAGUGCGCAAAACUAUGUGCGGCCCCAGGUGCCUGGUGCAGUUAGAGCUCCCAGUCAGGUCAACCAUGGUCGACCCAAGCCACCCACAGAAAAAGAGAAAUACUUCCUUCAACAGCAAGCCAAACUCAAGCAGUUUGGGAAGAGCAGCGGCACCAGGAGUUCUCUGGAUCCUGCACAACUGGUGGAUUCUGUGUUUGGGCCUAGUCCAAGUACCAAGUCAGCGACACCUAGGCAGCAGGCACCAGCACCAGUAAACAGUUCUUCAUUGGUCAGUGAAGAUGAUGGGUUUGGUGACUUUCUGGGAGGAACCACUUCCUCGAUAGCUAUUGAUCUCUCGGUGAAUCUUGCCCUUGGUCACCUUGGUAGCAUAGUCCAGAGUACUACCGCUGUGGUAGGGUCGGCAGGGGUUUCUCAUGCUUCCUCAGCCCCUCAGACUAACACGCCAGCAAGUGUCGGACACACCUUAUCCAACAACACUACUAGUCCAACGAACAAGACACCUCCCAAAGAUAUAAAGGAGAUGAUGCUGGAAAGUUGUGACCUCAGUGCACCGGCGCGCACCCAGGGCUUUGUGAAGCGUACCCUCAAGGAGAUUGACCCCACUGUGUUGCCCCACACUGGUCCCCAUGUCCACCACGCCAGCAGCAAUGCACGCACCUGGAAUGAUAGCGAGGAACUCACGCAGCUUUUCUCCUCAGAGGAAAUAAAGCAAACCCAUGCUGCCAAGAAGGUGGUGAAGGGGCAGACAGCGCGACAACGAAGGCUGAGUAAGCCGCCAGCAUGGCUAACAGACACACACUACCAGCAUCCCAUCUACAGACAGGUGCUAGAGGCAUGCCUCGUGGAUGGGAAGGUGAACACUGAGCGUUUAUACCCAAUUCUGAUGCUGAGCGGCCUACAGAAAGAUGUCCUGGGUCGACUGUGGUCCCUCUGUAACAUGGCCAGCCCCGGGCAGCUCACCCUGCUCGAACUCACACAGCUGCUGGCAGUCAUUGCCCUUACGCAGAAAAACUACCUAGUAGAGACAGUGGAAGUGUUGAACCACAUUCCUCAGUGUCCUGUACCAGUACUGCAUCCUUCUGGUUCCCAGUUCACUGCUGCAACUCAAAGUGUGCCAGAAACCAGUGAUGUAUGCCAGCCUGGCCCUCAGGGAACCAUUGCACCACAAAGUGGGUCUUCAGUGGGAACAAGCCAGAUUAAUCAUGUAACAGGUUAUGGCAAUAACCCAAGUUUGAUUGGAUCUGGUAGUUUUUACUCUUCUGUGCCAGGGCUUGACACAAGUCUAAGUUCUUCAGUGGUAUUUCAAUUGCCAGCCCAGCCAUUUGCAGGCUUAUCAACAGGAAUCCCCUCUGGCUUUCAUUCCAACAUGUCUGGAUCAUCUCCAGCUACCCUGUCCGUCACUCAGCUACCGUCAGGUGGUGUUAACCAGAAAGUUAGCAGUCUGGUCAACAACGAUGUUGAUGACGAUGAUGACUUUGCUGAUUUUCAAGCUGCGGUCCCUACAGUAACCUCCACUGCACGUCCUGCGACAUCCUCUUAUGUAGCAGUCCAGACCCCAGCCUCCGUGCUGCAAGCUCAAAAAUCACAAGCUAGUGCUUCAUCAGGCAUGUUACCAAGCAAGAAUUCCCCAGUGACCACAGACCUGACAGGCCCUAGAAGCCAUGGCUCCACAGUAGAAAGCUUCUUUGGCAGUGAUGAUUCCUCAGAAACUGCCAGUCCAGAUGAUGACUAUUUUGAUGGGUACCGGUCAGCAGACAGCAAGCCCUCCGACAGCACCUUCAGUACGGACCAAUCAGACACGGACGACUUCAAGAACUUUGACAAUUACCUCGAUGAAUUCCAGCAGAGGAAAGAUGUGCGGGACAUCGACAGUCCUUUACAUCGCCCCAUCUCAAGGUCAACAGUCAAACCAGCUCCACCACCUGCUAGUGUGACUAAUGUGACACCGCCAAAGAUUGCAAUGGUACCCUUGCCAGUUAAAGUAAGUUUGGGAAAGUUUCAGUCUGGUUCCCAGAUCAUUGGCGCAAGCAGUCCAAAUGUAAUGCCCACAGAGCACAAAGCUGCAGCAGACAACAUAGAUGAGUUUGCUGAUUAUCAUUCUGCCCCUGCCAUCCCAUCAGAUCUUAAGUUGAAACAAAAGUCAGUUUCUGCAAAUGACCUGAUUGGUGAUGAAGAUAAGUAUGCGGCUCUGAGAAGCCUGGAGUUUGCUGCUGAAGUUCCAGCAACAACAGGUUCAGUUCUUACUGAGACAGGUGGUGACAAUGCUGAUGAUGAUUGGGCAGAUUUUGAGGCCAGUGCUCAGCCUAGCUCUGUUUCAAAAAGUGGAGUAUUGAGUUUAGACAAUGUAGACCUACUGUUUCAAUCUUCUGACAUUAUUGUUAGUGGAAGCAGUGUGCCCGCCAUUUUGAGUAUUCAAAAUAUUGCUCCCUCUUUUGUUGGUGUAACAGACAAUGAAAAAGAUGAUGAUGGUGAUUGGGCAGAUUUCCAAGACUUUAGUGCAGGUGGAAAUAUGUCAGCAGAAAAUCCAAAAGCCGCUGUAACAGCACCUAAUAUGGGUCUUGUCAGUGUAAAGAAUGACUCCUUGAAGCCUGAUGAGAUUUUGGGACUUUUCAAAAUGAAGUCUGACCCUCCUUCAGCUGUAAAGAGUAGAGAUGAUGAAUUUGUGCCAGAAAUAAAAGUAAAUAGUCAGAAACCAACUUCUGCAUUUAAAGAUCAUUUGCAUGGCAUACCUAAAUCGAAUAGCACUCCAAAUAGUUUCGGAAUGGAUACUGCUUCUAUUUUAAAAGAGAAAUACGAUGAAAAUACAUGUAGCCCGCCUCCUGUGGAUAACUUUGUGGAUGAAGAGCAUGAUGAAUAUUCAAGGGGAUUUGAUUUUGAUGAUUUUGUGAGACCAAAGACCCCUGAGAAGAAGAAAGUGUAUGGGAUAUACGGUGUUAACCCCUGCUUUGUGGUGGAGGGACAUAAGAAGAGUGAGGAGCUUACUAAGAGCAAAUCGGCUGACAAUGUGACAAGUAAAUCUAAUGAACCCAGCUUACAUAACGACUCAGAUAACGACAGUGAUAGUGUUGCAUCCAAGGAUCUGGACAUGUUCAAAGGAAAGCUGGGAGUGAUACGAAGUGCUGAGGACUCAAGCUCUGUUGCAAGCUUGGAUUUUGUGAUAAACAAGACCAUACAACAUGUGAAAGAUGAAGAUGCCCAUUCACAGUCUAGCAGCGAUUUUAAUUCGUUUGAUGGAGGACUGGAGAUGCACAUUCCGGAGUCGAAAUCAAUGGACAGUCUGGACUUCAAGAGGGAUGAGAGUGACGGGCAGGACAGUGGCAGUUUGAACUGGGACUCGGCUCAGAAAGAUCAGUUCAAUACCAGAACUGAAGACACAAAAAGACUCCAUGAAAUCCACACAGUUGAUGAUGAAGCAGCCUUGUACAGUGGUGUACCUGUACUAGGAGACAGAUACAGCGCAAUCAUGGCAUCAGAACACACUUAUUGUUGCCAGGCGAGUGACAAGCCAUGUGUGGAGUGGGGGCGGUGUCUGGAGAGCUGUUUACAGAUGAUCCAGCAGGCCAACGCAGUCUUUCACGCCAUCAGCAGCCCUGACGUGUGUGCAGAGGUCAUACAGUCCCAGCAGGGAUCACAGUACAUUGAAGGGGUUAUUGAAAUAUACAGAGUGGUUUGCAAAAUCUCCCAUUCUAUGAAUAAAACAGGUAUUAUCAGUGACACAUUGUUAAGGGCACUGAAGGAGAUAGACCUGGCAUGGAACAAUUUGACUGCCUUUCUGGUUGGAGGAUCUGUCAUGCCGGAGAGCUCCAGUCUGGACUUCAGUGAUUGGUUUGACAAGCCGGCUCCCUGCGGACUUUGUCUGCUAAGUGUGGAAAAGACUGCUAACGGGAAACCAGCUAAGCUGCUUUAUGGGAGGAACCAGUACCACACUUCCUGUGCCAACUUCUGGAUCAAUUGUGUUGACUCGUGCCUGCCUGCACUGGAGAUUCCAUAACUACUUUGAUAACAAGCACAUGUCAAACAUAGACCAAUCUUGGAUGUAAUUAUGGAACAUUCAUUUGAGAUGAAGAAGAACUAAAAUAAACCACAUAUCCUAAAACUUCACCAUUUCAAAUCACAGCAACAACCUUAAGACUAAUUUGCAUGUAAAGUUUAGCAUUUAAAUAAGGAAUUCUCCUAAAGGUGGGAAAGUUAUUUCCUAAAAAGAACUGUGGUAGCUUUUAUGCAUUCAAACUGCAUGGAUCUUCGAAAGAUUACCUAUUUUUUUUGUUUUUGUAUGCCCCAGUCUCACAUUUGUUUUCUAUUGUCUGUAUGAGAUGAACCCAAAAUGACACAUUUAAUUUAAAAUCAAUGAGCCUUGUACUGAGAAAACUGGGCUUAAUGCAUCUGCGUAAAGUGUCAUCCCAGAUUAGCCUGUGCAGUCCA